UAGUCCAUAAUUUUUCAGUAAUAUCUUAGCAACAAUAUAUUUGCAGAAUAUUUCUAGUUUAGUCAAAGAAACGUAUUUAUCUGUCGGAAAAUAUCUUUUUUAAGCCAUUUGAGCUGAUUGCUUUUAAGACGCAUCUUUCGUGAUUAUACUUUUAUUUACGCUUGAAAUAGCGAUAAGGAAUCAGCUGUUGUGUCAAACAGUCUCCAAAAUCUCUACCAGUAAGAUAUCUCAAUCGAAUCUGUAAGCUAUAGUCUCAAUUAACAUUUGCUUGUUGUAAACAUCGAUGCUGAUUGCCAAAGAACGAUGAGCUACCCGGAGAAACAGGAUAAUAUAACGAAGGAUGAGUGGGUUGCCAAGCUGGAGGAAAAUUCUUACACGCAACGUGUCUCUAUGAACAAUUUGAUCAUGAAUUACUUGGUUACAGAGGGAUUUAAAGAAGCUGCAGAAAAGUUUCAACAAGAAUCUGGAGUAGAACCCACAGUGGACUUAAGCUCCUUAGAUGAUAGAAUUCGCAUCAGAGAAGCAAUUCAAAAUGGUCGUAUUCAAGAAGCAACAGAUCUCGUGAAUCAACUGCAUCCAGAAUUAUUGGACAAUGACAGAUAUCUUUAUUUUCAUCUACAACAGUUGCACCUGAUUGAAUUAAUUCGUACAGGAAAAAUAGAAGAAGCUUUGCAAUUUGCUCAAGAUAGAUUAAGCGAAGCUGGAGAAUCAGAUAAUGUUAUCUUGUGUGAAUUAGAGCGUACUCUAGCUUUGUUAGCUUUCGAUGAACCACAUAAGAGUCCUUAUAGUGAUUUACUCCAUCCAACCCAUAGGCAAAAGAUUGCAAGCGAACUGAAUGCAGCUAUAUUAAAGAUGGAGCAUAAAGAAUCAACUAGCCCAAGAUUAAAUAACUUACUCAAAAUGAUACUUUGGGCUCAGGAUGAGUUGGAAAAGAAAAAAGUGAAAUAUCCAAAAAUGACUGACUUGGGUAGUGCUACCAUUGAGAGUCCAAAAUAACUUUAACCAGGCAAAGUGUGGGACAAUGAAUGUAUUUAUUAGUACGAGAAAAUGAACGUGCGAUUGUAUCAUAUUAGCGAUUAACAUAUGAACAGGAUUUAGGGGAAGAAUAGAUUUGAGCAUUUUAACAUACUCCUGUUCAAAUUAGUAAUAAUUAUUUUCUAUGAAAAACAUGUAUAAAAUUUUGAGGAUGUAUAUUAGAUGCAAAUUAUGAGAGAGGAAUCCACUGAUUAUAACAAUUACACAUGUUUUUGACAUUGCAAACCGAGGUCAUUGUCAUAAGAAUCUUCAUAUGUAUUAUACUGUCAAUAUGAUCAAAAAGUACAAGUUCAUUAUCAGCUUA